AUGAGGCCACUGGUAAACAUCCAGGAUGGCGAUUACGCUGGACUAGGUAAAUGCCUUUCCUCCGCCGUAUUCCGCCGAUGGUUUCGUCUAUACAUUCCUGUCAUUUGCACAACAUUAUGCUACAUUACAUUCUUGCACUUGUUUCAGGUCACCGCUGUCCCAAAGCUUCAAGGAAGCUACCGCGCGGAGCUAUGGAAUUGGUACGCCGAGUUCAAGAAUUUCAGUUUCCCUCUCCGAACAGGCGGCGAGCCCUGGUUCACAUACAAUUUCCAUGCGUGGUCUAUACCCGUCGAACACCGAGGCUCUCUGGCCGUCUAUACCGCCGUUCUCGCCUUUUCGAGAUUUCGCCGCAAUGCCCGGCUCCUAGGCGAAGUCGCCUUGGUUGUGUACCUUUUGUACAUUGCGGAUGGAUCACACUAUGCUAUGUUCAUUGCCGGCAUGCUUCUACAAGAUCUCGACCUCCUCGCCGUACGAAAUGACUUGCCACGCUUCUUUCUCCGACUGGGUCCCUUUAAGACAGCCAUCAUGACUGUUCUCUUCUAUGCAAGCCUUUAUCUUGGAGGAGUCCCCUCGCACACGGACAAUUUGCAACAAUUACGUGACUCACCAGGGUGGUACCUCUUAUCGUUCCUAAAGCCACAGGCUGUGUUCGAUUACAAGUGGUUCUACCUGUUCUGGGCCGCUGUCUUUCUCGUCGCAUGCACAUCUCACCUUCAGUGGCUCAAGACAUUCUUUACCGCCCCGUUCAACCAGUACUUGGGCCGUAUUUCGUUUGCAUUCUAUCUGGUUCACGGACCGGUUCUGUGGACUUUGGGUGAUAGGCUCUAUGCUGCAGUGGGUUUCGUACGCGAUUCACACCAUGAGAAUUGUCCCUGGUGGAUUAAUCGUCUCCCCUUGCCCAACGUUGGUCCUCUUGGGCUUGAAGUCAAUUUUCUCGUCGCGAACCUGGUUCUGUUGCCCUUGACUAUCUGGCUGGCAGAAGUCGCGACUAGACUAGUUGAUGAGCCCGCGGUGAAGUUCUCUCAGUGGAUCUACCAAAGGGCGCUUGAUUGA